UAUUUAUUACUUUAUUUGUUUUGUUUAAAAGGCAGCAAAACAGCUGUUUUCAAUUCUAUGGAGAAACUUGAAAAAUGAAUGAAAAUAAAUGUAGAAUUUGUUUAGUAAGCACCAAUUUAUUGUUAAGUUUGUUUCACGGCUCAGAAUCAACGAUGAUAAGUUCUAAAAUUAUGAAUUUAGCAAAUAUUGAGAUUUAUCCACACGAUGGCCUUCCUGCUACAAUAUGUGUAAGUUGUACACAAAAACUGGAUGAAUGUAUUGAAUUUAUAAAUCUGUGCAAGAAAUCUGAUAACGAUUUGAGAAACAAAACAUCUAAUGUGAUAGUUGAAGAGAAAAAUAUAGGAUCCAAAAAUAAUGAUAGCGAGUUAAAAUUGAGCUCUAAAGUUAUAUGUAUACUUGAUACAGAGGUAACUGAUGUCACUCAAAAGGUGUCAGCAGAGGACCAUACAAUCAAUACAAGUGAACAUAGAAAGCUGUCUCAAAAACAACAAUGUUUUACAUGUGGAAAACUUAUGUCUUCUAGAUUUCGGCUCAAAACUCAUUUAGCAACUCACAUAAAAGAAAAACAACAUUCAUGUACAUACUGCAAGAAGCAAUUUACUAUAAUUGAGAAUUUAAAUGCACAUAUGAGAACACACACGGGUGAAAAACCAUAUUGUUGUGAUACUUGUGGUGAGAGAUUUGCACAAUCUUCCGGACUAAUUGUACACAAACGUAAGCACACUGGCCAAACGCCUUACCAGUGUGUACUGUGUCCUCGCAGUUUUCAAACAAUAGGAAACUUUAAAUACCACAUCAGAGUUCAUACAGGUGAAAGGAAGUUUGAUUGCAAUACUUGUGGCCGCGCCUUUAUUACUAAUGGCGACUUAAAACAGCACAUAGCAACACACAGCGGGGAAAAACCACACAUUUGUUCCAUUUGUGGUGUAAGGUUUUCUCGUGCAUCGAACUUAAAACGGCACGUCAUCUUUUUGCACAAUGAAGAAAAGUGUUUACCAUGCAACUAUUGUCCAUCGAAAUUUGCUCGAAAAAUUGAUCUACUUAAACACGAAAAAUGUCACAGAAAUAAAUAAAAUUUGAAAAUACGAAAAAAAUUUAAAUGAUUACCUAUCAAGUAGUAGGUAAAAAUAAAUGAGUAGUUUUCGUCAUGUAAAGAGCUUAAUAAAAAUGAUAGGACAACAAAAGACCCGUUUAUAUACUAGUCUCGUCAGUGUUGCC